UCUGUCCCUCCCUCCUUCGGUGUGUGAGUCCGUCUGGCAAGGUUUGGCGCAUCAGCGGAGAACAGGAGAGAGAGAGGACGUGAUUUGGAGCUGCGGUUCUUUCCCUAGAUUCUGCGAGCAGUGGCCUCCCGCUUUAGGACGCCCGACUCCUUUUGGAAUUGUACACUCUCUUUGCUGCUAACUUCUCUGCCUAUUCCACACCGGCCUUAUCCACCCGGCAAACCGCACUAUUCUGAACACCCAUUCCAUUGAUAGCGGUCCAUUAAGCGCAGCAAGAACAGAACUGCGAAGAUGUCUGGGCAAGGCUAUCAGGGCAAGAAGAACAUUCCCCGCAUUACAAGCGACCGUCUCCUGAUCAAAGGGGCGAUAAUCGUGAAUGAUGACCAAUCCUUCUGUGCUGACGUCUACAUGGAGGAUGGUCAUAUCAAACAAAUUGGCGAGAACUUGAUAGUGCCCGGUGGGGUGAAGACCAUCGAUGCCCACGGGCGCAUGUUGAUGCCAGGGGGCAUUGAUGUGCACACACGCUUCCAGAUGCCCGACCGAGGCAUGACCUCGGUGGACGACUUCUACCAGGGCACCCGCGCCGCUCUGGCAGGGGGCACCACCAUGAUCAUUGACCACGUGGUUCCGGAACCCGGGGUCAGUUUGCUGUCUGCCUUUGAGCAGUGGCGUGAGUGGGCGGACAGCAAGUCGUGCUGUGACUACUCUCUACAUGUGGACAUCACUGAGUGGCACAAGGGAGUCCAGGAGGAGAUGGAGGCCCUUGUCAAGGACCACGGUGUCAACUCCUUCCUUGUCUAUCUGGCUUAUAAGGAUGUUUUCCAGCUUGCUGACUCUCAGGUCUAUGAGGUGUUCAGUGUGAUCCGGGACCUGGGGGCCAUCGCUCAGGUCCAUGCUGAGAAUGGAGACAUUGUGGCUGAGGAGCAGCGUCGUAUCCUGGAGCAGGGCAUCACUGGACCUGAGGGACACGUCUUGAGCCGUCCUGAAGAGGUGGAGGCAGAGGCUGUCAAUCGUUCUGUGACAGUAGCCAAUCAGACCAACUGUCCCCUCUACAUCACUAAGGUGAUGAGCAAGAGUGCUGCUGAUGUCAUCGCUCAGGCCAGGAAGAAGGGCACGGUGGUGUACGGGGAGCCAAUCACUGCCAGCCUGGGCACAGACGGCUCACACUAUUGGAGCAAGAACUGGGCCAAGGCCGCCGCCUUCAUCACGUCCCCGCCCCUCAGCCCAGACCCGACCACGCCCGACUAUCUCAGCUCCCUGCUCUCCUGUGGAGACCUUCAGGUGACGGGCAGUGCCCACUGCACCUUCAACACUGCCCAGCGCGCCGUGGGCAAAGACGACUUCACCCUCAUCCCCGAGGGUACCAACGGCACUGAGGAGAGAAUGUCCCUCAUCUGGGACAAGUGUGUGGUGACAGGUAAAAUGGAUGAGAACCAGUUUGUGGCGGUCACCAGCACCAACGCUGCUAAAAUCUUCAACCUGUACCCCCGUAAGGGCCGCAUCGCUGUGGGCUCUGACGCCGACCUGGUACUCUGGGACCCAGACGUCACCAAGAUCAUCUCAGCCAAGAGCCACAACUCGAAUGUGGAGUACAACAUCUUUGAGGGUGUGGAGGUGCGUGGCGCCCCCCUGGUAGUGAUCAGCCAGGGUAAGAUCGUCCUGGAGGAGGGGAACCUCCACACCACCGAGGGGUGUGGCCGCUUCGUGGGCCGGAAGCCCUUCUCUGACUACGUCUACAAGAGGAUAAAGGCCCGCAGCAGGCUGGCUGAGCUAAGGGGUGUUCCCCGGGGGCUUUAUGACGGGCCUGUCUGUGAGGUGUCAGUCACACCCAAAACUAUGACUCCUGCCUCCUCUGCCAAGACCUCUCCAGCCAAGCAGGCAGUAGCCGGCGCCCAGCCUGUCCGCAACCUGCACCAGUCAGGGUUCAGCCUAUCUGGUGCUCAAGUUGAUGACAACCUUCCUCGGCGUAACACCCAGCGCAUUGUGGAGCCACCUGGUGGCAGGGCCAACAUCACCAGCCUGGGUUAACCCCUCCCAUUGGCCACCAGGGGAAACGAGGGCUUGAGGAGAGGGCCAUCAGGGACUAGGGGCCAUUCCACCAGGAGCCAAACCAAUUCUCCCCUCCUCAAUCUCUCUCCCCCAUCUGCCGCUCCCCACUCUCUCUCCCCCGACACCCCACUAUAAAGGAGACACCUAUAAAAAAGAUUUGCCUCAUUUGAAGAAAAAAAGAGAGGAAAACAACAGCCCUUAUUUGAGCACUUUUGACUCUAUUAUUUAGUGUUCUCUACUGUACUUUCUUCCUGCCAUGUAUCAUUUAGUUUAGUCAAGACAGUGCAUGUCGCAUUUGCACGGAGGAAGUCCAAUCUGCUUCCGUUCGUCUUUUUUCAUUUUCAAUGUAGUGUAAAUGAAGUAUGGAGACACAUGGGUAACAUGUUCUACAUCAGAUUAGUUGCACUAACAUUAUGUAUUGAACAGACAUGGAAGAGAUAAGUUGCUUAUGCCUUCCUCAAUAUUGAUCUUUUCCUCUUUUCACUGGUUUGUGUUUGUUCUCUACUGUUUAUACAGCCUUGCCCUCCACUGUGCUUGUCAUCUCCCACACUGUUAGGAUCAGUACAGCACUGGCUACGAUCAACACAAUUUAUUGACUUGUCCAUUGUUAUUGUUUAAAGCUGGUAGUAUGCUAUCCUCGUCCUCAGGUUACGGGAUGAGGCAUGAGAUUAGUAGUAAGCUGAACCACUGUUGAAAACCUUAAAGGAACUUCUCACGGGUGCUCAUCUCAUGUCAUCCCACCAGUAGAUUUGUUUGAAGGAAUAAAUGGAAUGAAAAAACAUGGUCCAUAUUUAGAAGCUGCUGGUGAGCCAGGAAAGUCCAGUAGAUUAGGAGGAGUUUUGGCGGGCGGUGGAUAGAGCGCUGUCUCCCAGGGAGAAGCCGGCAUGGAACUUAACGGCCCAUGAGAGGAGAUGUGACUCAAAUUUAGGAUGUUGGGAGGAGUGUAACCGGGCGGCAGCGAAGGAAGGAAGAUUUGUCAGAAUACUAGGGAAUGCCCAAUUUUUCAUAGCCUCAUUCAACUCACCCUCUCAGCUACGCUAUAGUACAGUAUGUGCCCAUAUACCUCGCCUGAAGGGGAUUGUAAUCUAUCACUGUAAUGGGAUCUUUGAGAUUCAUACACCAUUUAAUUGACAGUGUUGCAGGCAGCAUCCCUCCCUCUGUUCUAGAAUGUCCCAGUACCAAACAGUACAUUCAGAAGACUGAACGUUUUUCUGCUCCCGGCCUCCUCUUUUUAAUUCAUGCACUCCCCCUUUUCCUUUUUAACUCUUUAUGUGCCUGAACCCACAGAAGUUGUACUGAUAGUUCGAUUUUGUAUUAUUCUUAUUAUGGUAAGCGAAGGAUGUAAGAUAAAAAUGUAAAAUAGCUGAUGUUAACCGAUACAAAGGUGCCAGAUUUUUGUUAUUUUGUAUUCCACUGAUAGUGCUCCUUUAAAAACAACAAUGCUUACGUAAUAUGUUCAAAUGUUUUAGUUUUUAACUGUUGUUAUAUUUAGUGUCAUUCUGUAAGCUGUGGUCUGAGGCUGAACACUAUUCAUUUGAGCUUGAAAGUAGACCUGGAGUAAUGCAUAUCUAACUAAUGUGCAGUGUUAAUGUGUAAGGGAUGGGACACACACUGGUCCCAGUGCACCACUCCUUGGGUCUCAGACCUGGAGUGCUGGUAAUGGCCCUUUGUUUUGCAUGGUCUGGUUUUCAUUAAGGCAAAGCAGUCUGGCAGCUGUUUUCUACCUUCACUCGCAUGUCAGCGAGAUCCUGGCCUAAAAGUCGCUGUUCUUUCAGUGUUCGCAUUUUGCAACACACUCACUCACACUGUUACAGACACACUCACCCACACCGUGACAGACACACUCACCCACACCGUGACAGACACACACACUCACACUGUUACAGACACACUCACCCACACUGUUACAGACACACUCACCCACACUGUGACAGACACACUCACUCACACUGUGACAGACACACGUACUCACACUGUUACAGACACACUCACUCACACUGUGACAGACACACACAUUCUCGCGCUGUUACAGACACACACACUCGCACGCAUGCACUCACAGAACAAGUGGUGUCUGUAUGUCCUUCCAGCACUGUGCUGUGGCUUGGACCCUUGGUUUUCCUGGCUGUGUUAAGGUCUCAUAGGAAGCCCUUAGAAGGUAGAGUCUUUUUCAGGGUAGUAAUGGUAUCUGUGUUUAAGGAAUCCAUAGCAGGGAAAUGAAAGUUUGACACUUCAGUGUGACUGCCUACAAGGAAUGAGAUUAGACAGGGAUGGGAGGGAGGUCUGCUUGUUAGUGUUCAAUCACUCAGGUGAAAGGGUCACUCCAGUCAGCGUUUGGAUGAUCUAAUGCAGCCAGAUGACUAUAUCUCAGAAUUGUGCAUAUGCAUACAGUACCAGUCAAAAGCUUGGACACCCCUACUCAUUCAAGGGUUUUUCUUGAUUUGUACUAUUUUCUACAUUGUAGAAUAAUAGUGAAGACAUCAAAACUAUAAAAUAACACAUAUGGAAUCAUGUAGUAACCAAAAAAGUGUAAAACAAAUCAAAAUAUAUUUUAUAUUUGAGAUUCUUCAAAGUAGCCACCCUUUGCCUUCUUGAAAGUUUUGCACACACUUAGCAUUCUCUCAACCAGCUUCACCUGGAAUGCUUUUUCAACAGUCUUGAAGGAGUUCCCACAUAUGCUGAGCACUUGUUGGCUGCUUUUCCUUUACUCUGCGGUUCAACUCAUCCCAAACCAUCUCAAUUGGGUUGAGGUCAGGUGAUUGUGGAGGCCAGGUCAUCUGAUGCAGCACUCCAUCACUCUCCUUAUUGGUCAAAUAGCCCUUACACCGCCUGGAGGUGGGUUGGGUCAUUGUCCUGUUGAAAAACAAAUGAUAGUCCCACUAUGUGCAAACCAGAUGGGAUGGCAUAUCACUGCAGAACGCUUUGGUAGCCAUGCUGGUUAAGUGUGCCUUGAAUUCUAAAUAAAUCACAGUGUCACCAGCAAAGCACCAUCACACCUCCUCUUCCAUGCUUCACGGUGGGAACCACACAUGCGGAGAUCAUCUGUUCACUUACUGUGUCUCACAAAGACAGGACGGUUGGAACCAAAAAUCUCAAAUUUAUACUCCUCAGCCCAAAGGACAGAUGUCCAACAGUCUAAUGUUCAUUGCUCGUGUUUCUUGGCCAAAGCAAGUCUCUUCUUCUUAUUGGUGUCCUUUAGUAGUGGUUUCUUUUCAGCAAUUCGACAAUGAAGGCCUGAUUCACGCAGUCUCCUCUGAAUAGUUGAUGUUGAGAUGUGUCUGUUACUUGAACUCUGUGAAGCAUUUAUUUGGGCUGCAAUUUAUGAGGCUGGUAACUCUAAUGAACUUAUCCUCUGCAGCAGAGGUAACUCUGGGUUUUCCUUUCCUGUGGCUCACAUGAGAGUCAGUUUCAUCAUAGCGCUUGAUGGUUUUUGCGACUGCACUUGAAGAAACAUUCAAAUUUCUUGAGAUUUUCCAGAUUUACUGAUAUUCAUGUCUUAAAGUAAUGAUGUACUGUCGUUUUCCUUUGCUUGUUUGAGCUGUUCUUGCCAUAAUAUGGACUUGGUCUUUUACCAAAUAGGGCUAUCUUCUGUAUACCCACCCCUACCUUGUCACAACACAACUGAUUGGCUCAAAUGCAUUAAGAAGGAAAUAAAUUCCACAAAUUAACUUUUAAGAAGGCACACCUGUUAAUUGAAAUGCAUUCCAGGUGACUACUUCAUGAGGCUGGUUGAGAGAAUGCCAAGAGUGUGCAAAGCUGUCAUCAAGGCAAAGGGUGGCAACUUUGAAGAAUCUCAAAUAUAACAUACAUUUUUAUUUGUUUAACACUUUUUUGGUUACUACAUGAUUCCAUAUGUGUUAUUUCAUAAUUUUGAUGCCUUCACUAAUAUUCUACAAUGUAGGAAAUAGUAAAAAUAAAGAAAAACCCUUGAAUGAUUUAAACUGUACUGUCUGGCAUGUAAGAUUAAGGCCGGGAUAAGUCUCCGUCCUCACAUGUGAAGAGUAGGCUACAUGGCUGGGCAAAAACUCUUUAUUUUCUCUUUGCCUCUUCACUUUUUUAUCAUUCUCAUUGAGAUAUUAUGGUCAUCAUUAUUCAGAUUUUGGUUAUUAUUGUGAUUAUUUUUGUCAUUAUUGUUUUACUAUGAUGACUAACAAUAUUUUAGAUUUUAGAUUGUCCAGUUGUUCUUCUCAUCCCAUGGAAAACCCUGGCCAAUGUAUUGAUAUUUUUUCAGCGUGAGUCUCCCACUUGCUUGCUUGGUUUUGGAAUGCAUUUCUCUCAAACGGAGGGGGAUGCAGGGUUAAAAUGAUUCAUACCUCUAUUCCCAUAGACUGGAGGGUGGAGCAAGGGGCCUGCCAAAGCACAAAUAAGAUCUGUCAGCCAGAAGCGCAUGAGUCCUCCUGAGACUCAAAGUAUGUCUGCUCGUUUCUACCCCUCUCUCCCUCUUUCUCUCUCUCUGGCUCUUCUAUUGUUGCCCUCUGUUGCCUUGACUACGAGGCCCUUGAGUCACCCUAGGCCCUGAUUUUUGUUUGUCAUGGCAACGGUUGUAAGAUCGGAAUUUGCCCAUAGCAACCCCUCCGGACCUGGUGCUACUAGAAGAGCAUGUAGUCUGUGGCAGACUAGCUGUAUGGAAGCCAUGCACUCUGUAGAACUCUGUAGAACUCCUUCCACACCAACAUUUUCUUCCCUACCCUGCCUUUCUAAACUGAACUGCUGCUGCAGAACCACACUGUUUCAGUGUGUCACCGUCUGUAUAUAAGCUUUUGGUUAGUUGGGUGGGAUCCACAUACCUCUGCUGACCCAGGAUUCGUUGGCCCUUGAAUUGUGUCUUUAAGAUUGCACCACAAGCUUCACAUCACAGCAAUUACACAGAGCUCCUCUACAAGGCCACAGAUAUCUACCAAUCACCCAACGCUGGUUGUGGAGCACCCAUGCCUAAAGCAUUGACUCAGAAAUUGUAAACCAGCUGUCAACGCUGGCGCUGCCAUCGUGUCCCCACAAUAUACUGUAUACACACAAGCCCCUUUUAUACCUGGUUCUAACUUUUGUCCUGAUCUUGUACACAUUCACAUUGUGCUCAAAUUUUUUGACAAGUGUCUGGAUAUCUUACAAGUGUAGACAGAUCUAGACAGGGAAACCAUUGAAAUAAUUAUUCCUCCCUCUAAAAUCAUUGACAGUUGGCAGCAUUGACUGAUUACAUCAAUAUGUGUCGUAAAAUACAUUUUAUUUUGAAAGAAUAGCUGUGGAAUAAUUUGCAUAAAGUAAGGGACCGGGAAAUCUUGCCACAAUGCAGACACAGUGGACAGAUAACAGACACAAGGUAAUACCAUGUGUAGACACAUGUCUGGAAAUGUGGGCACAAUCAGAAUGUAGACAAGAUCAGGACAAAGCACCCAUGUUAGCUCCAGGUAUAAACAGGGCUGUAGACACACACAUGCAAGCAUUCCUUCUUCUUGCUCUGUCAGUUUGGAUGUUUUUCUUUUCACAUCGCUAAUAGGUGAUGUAAGCGAAACACAGAUUGAGAGUUUUAGGUUGGAGGUUGAUAAUGCUGUUCAAAUCCCACCCCACACCCCAUGUCUCCCCCCUCCACCUAACCCCCUCGGAUUGUGAAAGUGAAACUGUGUGAUGGUGUUUGUCUUGAUGGCUGUGGGGUUUUGAGGAUGCUUGCUCUCUAUGGAAAGUGUCAAAUCCCAUGGAUGGUGAUGUAAAAACAAUAACCAAAAAAAAUAAAGAUCAAAAACAAAACUCA